UAGGAGGAGCUGAUGCAGCCGUGCAGAGCAGAUUCUAUCAGCCAGUGUCACAGGCGGGCCGAUCGGCUGAGAGAGGAGAGGAGGAGGACCAGAAACACAGAAGUUCCCCUCUGAAACGACCGGUUGAUAUUCGCUUUGUUUUGUUUUUUUUGUGCAAGAAAGUCGUUUAUUACAGUAGAACAUGGGGAACCGGGUCGCCCGUGAGGACUACGAGUGGGUGUACACAGAUCAGCCGCACGCGGACAGGAGGAAAGAGAUCCUUGCCAAAUACCCAGAAAUCAAGUCGUUGAUGGGUCCCGACCUGAGGCUGAAAUGGAUUGUGUGCAUGAUGGUGGCGAUACAGUUUUUAGCUUUCUACCUGGUCAAAGACUUGGAUUGGAAGUGGGUUUUGUUUUGGACUUAUGCGUUCGGCAGCUGUAUCAACCACUCAAUGACCCUCGCUAUUCACGAGAUCUCCCACAACACGGCCUUCGGAAACAAUAAGGCCAUGUGGAACCGCUACUUUGCCAUGUUUGCCAACCUACCUAUUGGGCUGCCUUACUCUGCCUCCUUCAAGCGCUAUCACCUGGACCACCACCGCUACCUGGGUGGAGACGGUGUGGACGUAGACAUCCCCACGGACUUUGAAGGCUGGUUCUUCUGCACACCCUUCCGUAAAUUCAUCUGGAUAAUCCUGCAGCCGCUGUUCUACGCCAUCCGGCCCCUCUGCAUCAACCCCAAACCCAUCACUCAGCUGGAGGUGACCAACGUGGCCGUGCAGCUCACCUUCAACGUCCUACUCUACUGGCUGUGGGGGGCAAAACCUGUGGUCUACAUGAUGGCUGGUUCCUUGCUGGGGAUGGGCUUGCACCCCAUCUCUGGACACUUCAUAGCUGAGCACUACAUGUUCCUGAAGGGCCACGAGACUUACUCCUACUACGGCUCCCUCAACCUGCUCACCUUCAACGUGGGCUACCACAACGAGCACCACGACUUUCCCAGCAUCCCCGGAUGCAGGCUGCCCAUGGUGAAGAAAAUCGCAGCAGAGUAUUAUGACGACCUUCCUCAGUACUCAUCGUGGGUGAAGGUGCUGUAUGACUUCAUCAUGGAGGAAACACUGAGCCCUUACUCCCGAGUCAAGAGGAAGCUGAAGGGGGACGUCAAACUGGAGUAACUUCACCGGAAGCUGUCUCACCAUCCCAUAAACCCUAAUAGCUUUUACAAAUGAAUACAUGCAGCACAAGACAUGAGGGUUGACAUUCUAAAAUCCCCGUGUUUCUCUCCAGGACAAUAAAACUCUUUUGGUUAUUUGGUCAGAAAAUAACACACUGUGUUAAAAUAUGACUGAACAUCUAGGAAUGUGAGGGGGGUCAGUACCUGGGGCUGGUUGCACAAAGUCUUACUGGAUUGUCUUUCAUGUAAAAUUGUAAUCAUCAUCCUAUCAUUUGUCCAAGGCCUUGGUUUAAGAGUACCACUGUUGUUGAUGUUCUGCAACACCAGCCAGUUGGUAAUGUGCUCUGCAUGCGCUGGGAAUAUUUGCAUCAUCUCUGAGGCCUCAAUGUGUUACCACACUGUUCAGUAAUGAGUAACCAAAGGUGUCCGUAUAAAACAGACUGCUUCUGCCUCCAGUUGAUGUUUAACAAAACCUGCAAAUGAUGCACCGUUUCCCUCUACUUCUCAGCAUCCUAAAUAAGUCAGUAUUUCAUUUCUGUUUAACGGUUAGCAUUUAGCUAGUAAGAGCGAAACAAAACAAGAUGUCCUUGUGCAACCAGCCCCAAGAAAUAAGCCAUCGGGAAACAAACACAGCAAGCUCAAAAUCUGCCCAGACAUACCAUAUCAAAGCUAUCCAUGUCAAGGUCAGACGUCACCAGCAUAAAAGCAGCUUUGCUGUUGGUUGACAUCUUCAUUUCGAGAUUGGACCAAAGUUGCCUCUGAGUGAAUCUACUCAUCAUUAAUAGCCUUCCAUAUGAAUUGCGUUGGUUCCAUAAUAUGUUAGAACAUGAAUUAAGUCUUUAAUAUUUUAAAUGAAUUAGCAAACCUUUUGUGGCCCGUGACACAUUUUUUAAUCUGCUCUUUAACUCGCAACCCCCUAAAUGUUUCCACAACAUUGCGCAACCUGCUGUCCACACAAACUGUGACUAUACCAAUCAGUUUAAGGUGGUGUUGUAUGGGAGAUGAACGUGUUACUCAUCAGUGCCUCACAGCUUUUAUUUCAAUUUGUGGUCUUAAUUUCAAUUUCAUAAUGUCUUCAUUUUGAUGAAAUAGCUGCCAAGAAUAGUUUUGAAUGUUAAAGUUAAUGCCUGUACAGCUGAGGCCCUGUCCUCUGGGUUUUAGCGAGUAACCAAGAUCAAAUUAAGUAUGGUUGCUAUUGAAUUGGCUGAUUCCAACAUUUUUCAUAUAAUAUACUGUUACUUUUAAAGCCAAUAAAAAAGAAUGAAUGAAAAA